UACAUAUUUUAUCUUGUAGAUGGCACCAUAAGAGUAUCUAGGUAUAUGUUUCCCCCCUUCUUAUUGUUGUUUCUCAUGUUCUUUCCCUUUUACCAACGUUCCGGUACGGUCACAUUUUCUGUUUUGAGCGUGACCCACGUUUCGUGUCGUAAGACUUAAAGAAUGCGUUACGUGGCCGCUUAUCUUUUAGCUGCCCUAGGAGGCAAAGCUUCACCUAACCAAAAUGAUAUUGAAAAAAUCUUAUCAUCCGUUGGAAUUGAAUCCGAUACUGAGAAACUUAAGAAAGUUAUAUCAGAAUUGAAUGGAAAAUCAAUUGAUGAACUUAUUGCACAAGGGCGAGAAAAAUUGUCAUCUAUGCCAGUUGGCGGCGGAGCAGUUGCUGCUGCUGCUGCACCUGCUGCUGGAGCUGCUGCUGCACCAGCUGAAGAAAAGAAAGAAGAGAAGAAACCAGCAAAGGAAGAAUCUGAAUCCGAUGACGAUGACAUGGGCUUCGGUCUUUUCGAUUAAAUUCCAUAACAGCGGUAGCUGUGUAAUAACUACUUGUAUAACUUGUGUAUUAUACAAUUUUUGACAAAA